GGUCUGGCUGAGGCGCAGCAUUCCCCGCGCAUGCGCAGAUCCAGUGUAAUCGACCUCAUGUCCGUGGGAAACGUCGGCUGAUAGUUCACGAAUGUUCAGCGAGAUAAUUAUCUGUUCUUUAUUUUGUUUAAUUUGAUAAAUGUGAAGAUGAUUCUCACAGUAAAGCCACUUCAAGGAAAAGAGUGUAAUGUUCAGGUGACAGAAAAUGAAAAGGUAUCAACAGUAAAAGUGUUGGUAUCCGAGCGUUUAAACAUCCCUCCCAGUCAGCAGAGACUGCUGUAUAAAGGAAAAGCACUUGCAGAUGAACACAGGUUGAGCGAUUACUGCAUCGGCCCGGAGGCCAAGCUGAAUCUGGUGGUGCGUCCGGCGGGCGAGAGGAGCGGCGGCGCGGUGGGAAACAGCAGCGGUAGUCCUGAUAAAGCAGCCAGUGGUGUGUGGCAGUUAUUGUCAACUGUCCUGGCCAAACAUUUCAGCCCAGCCGAUGCAGCCAAAGUGCAGGAGCAACUUAUUAAGGAUUAUGAACGCUCGCUCAGACAGCUGAGUCUGGAUGACAUUGAGCGUCUGGCCAGUCGUCUGCUGCAUCCAGAGACAGAGGGCAUGGAUACCUCAUGCAUGGAUACCUCAUACAUGGACUGAAACACACUAAACUGAUGGAAACACUCCAGCUGCAGUGGACCAGCCGCAGUCAGGGAGUGGGAUGUAUUUCAUAUGGACUUUUAGGGGCCUCUCUGAUCUUCAAGAGGCCACAAUGCUUACCGUUGCUUUCCCAUCAGAGGAAACCAGAGGUGCUUUUAGUGCAACUUUGUAAAUAUUGUGUGCAAAUUAUUAAAGUACAAUAAAAAGUGUUCUUUAUCAGUUUUUUUAUUUUUUAUUUGGAAUUAACAGCCAGCUUGGUUUUAAAUGCAUCAUUAUUUUUUUUUGGUUUUGGUGUUUCUCUUACAUUUGGCCCAAAUAAAAAUGCCUGAAUUAAUUUUUUUUUUUUGCAUUUUGGCAUAUAUAAUUGAGGAGCUCCUAGGUUGAGUAUGGAUAUAUUAAUGAAUACAAGCAUAA